AAUUAAUCUCACAUGAUCCUUCGUUAUAUUUAGAAUUAAAGAUUAAAAUUUUAUAGAAUCAAUUGUGUUGUUUAAAUUACACUAAUCUACUCAUUAAUUAAAACUGCGUUAAAAAUAUAUUUCCCGCCAAUUUGUCAUUGCAGUUGUUAGAUGAUGUGUUUAUGUGAAAAUGUUAAUAUAACAAUAGGUUAAAAUAUGAUUAUUCGUAUCUGUGUAAUUACUUUAAUUUGAAAAUUCAUUAAUUUUUGUGACUUCAGUUUAAUUAUUUUCUAUCUUGUUGACUUAAAUUUUUACUGACGAACUACUUAAUAAAAUAAAUUCUUAAUCCACAAUUGAAUAUUAUUUUUGCAGUUAUAAGAGAGUGUCGGGUUAAAAAUAUUUAGGUAAAACUUUUGUAUUAAACUCAAUUAUGACAAAGACUGUGAAAAGAGGUGCAUUAAUUGUUUUAGAAGGAUGUGAUCGUUCAGGAAAAUCAACACAAUGUACUAAACUUGUGGAAAGACUCAACAGUUUGAAGAUACCAGCUAAAAAAAUUUCUUUCCCAGACCGGACUACUUCAAUUGGGUCAAUCAUAGAUAAAUAUCUUUCUAGAGAAAUUGAUUUGCCAGAUAGAGCUAUUCAUUUAUUAUUUAGUGCUAACCGCUGGGAAUUAGAACCAGAAAUUCGGAAGCAAAUUCAAUCGGGAGUGACCUUAAUUGUAGAUAGAUACUCAUACUCUGGCAUUGUAUUUACAAGUGCUAAAAAAUGUGUUGACCUUGGUUGGUGUUGUGCACCUGAAAACGGUUUACCAAAACCAGAUUUGGUUCUAUUUUUAAAACUUUCAUUAGAAGAAAUGUCAAAGAGAGGAGGAUUUGGAAAUGAAAGAUAUGAAAAUAUUGAUUUUCAAAAUGAAGUAGGUAAAACAUUUGAUAAAUUGACAGAUGAUUUUAUUCAAAUUAAUGCAUCAAAAGACAUUUCAACUUUAACUAAUAAUAUUUUAGAGAUUGUAUUGAAAACUAUUGAUAAUAUUAGUUGUAAACCAUUAAAAGAGUUAAAUUUCAAUGAAAUAAAAGUGAAACAAAGUAAUAUGUAUUAACGCUAAAGAUAGAGAUUAAAUUAUAUAAACUUAAUAAAUUAAUUGUAUAAUUUAAUUUUGACUCAAAUGAAAUAUCUAUUAAAAGAAAAUUUGUUUCUAUUUUAAUUUAAAAUGUUUAAGGCUAUUUUGUGAAUGUGUGUAUUAUUAUAAAUUAUGAAAAUUUUCUAUUUGUAGAACUGAAUUUUUAAGAACAAUUUUGUUUUUUAACUUAAUUGUUGUUAAAACUAUUAGUCAAAUUCAUUAUUUUAAAUUGAUUAUUUAAUUGUAUUUAAAAUUAAUAGUUAUUAUUAGUGGUAUUAAUGUGUGACAUUGAUUUUAAAAAUUGAAAUCCUAAUCAUUAUUCUUUUUUUUAAUGUAAUUAUCUUAAUAUUGUUUUAAGUUAUUUAAAAAUAUAGUGUUGAGUUAAUUAUAUA